AUGUCUUCUGCUGUGAUUGCCAAGCCUGUGAUGAGAGGCCUGUUGGCCAAACAUCUAUGGUUUCACCUAGCUCUGACUUUUACAUUAGCUUUUGCUGGUACCUUCAAGUUUGUAGUAGGUGAUUCCAGGAAGAGCACAUAUGCUGACUUCUAUAAGAAAUAUGAUGCAAUGAAGGCAUUUGAAGUCAUGAAGGAUGCUGGUGUGUUUGCAAGUGUGAAACCAAAGAAGUAA